AAAAAAUAAAAAAUAAACUACAAGUCCCAGCAUGCUUUAGGGUUCAGAGUCACAUGACAAGUAUACAGAAUGCUUCCACGACCAGAGAUGUGCUCCGCUCCAGCAGGAAAUGACACCUAGAAGGAGGAGGGGCAGGAGUGCAGGGACUCCGGAAAUCUUUUGUUGCACAUCUUGCAGAUGGUGGAAGUGCUGGGAUUGAGUCGCUGGACAUAUUCAUCAUUAGUUAUAUCUAGUAAUAACCUUUAAUGAGAGAAAAUAAUCGCUGAAUUCCUGAGAAUGGACAAGGGGAAGACUUGCAUGACAGCGAGGAUAAUAAAUAUCACCCUGGAGAUCAUCUACCUGCUGGUCGGAGAAGAUUACACAGUAGUGAAGAAGACAUCUGGUGAGUGUAUGACCCCCAGCAGCCAUUACUCUAUGUCAGGAGGAUGGAACAAGCCCCAAAUCCCGAUCAUGGAGCCCCCAAGUCAGUCACCGAUACCUGAGAGGAAGAAUAACCAGAAGAUCCUCAAACUCACAAACAAGAUCAUUGAGCUUCUGACUGGAGAGGUUCCUAUAAGGUGUCAGGAUGUCACUGUCUAUUUCUCCAUGGAGGAGUGGGAGUACAUCGAAGGACAUGAGGACAUUUACAAGGACAUCAUUAUGGACAUCCACAGGCCUAUUGAUUUACUAAGGCCACCUAACGAGAAUUCCCCAAUUGGUUGUCCCUCUACGUGUAUUAAAGAAGAAUUUCGCCCUAUUAAUGAUCCAAGUUUCACGGUGAAUGUUAUGAGUGAACCUAUAGGUCCUCAGCAACAAUAUCAAUGUUUUCAUAUUAAGGAGGAACAAGUCUCAGGUGACAGACGGAAUCUUACAGACUCUGACAUGUAUACACCCACAGAUCAUGCAGAACAAUAUUUAUCUACUCAUAUUGAGGAGAAAUAUGUCUUACAUGAUGGAGAAAAUCUCAUAGACUCUGACAAUUAUACACAACAGUAUUCAUCUUCUAAUAUUAAGGAGGAACAAGUUUUAAGUGAUGAAGGAAACGUCACAGCCCCCAGCAUUCAUGCACCCAUGGAUCAUGCACAACAGUAUUCAUCUUCUAAUAUUAAGGAGGAACAAGUUUCACCCAGUAAAGAAAGUCUCACCAUUACUCACGCACCUGAAGAUCAACUGAAUAUUAUUGGACAUCAAGAGUUUCUCUCCCAACCAUUUUCGAAGCAUAUCUUGGUCCAUUCUAAUCCUUUAUGUCAAACCGAAACAAAGACAACCUUUCCCUGUUCAGAAUGUGACAAGGUUUUUCAAUUUAAAUCCGCUCUUGUUCAACACGAGAAGCAACAUGAGAGGCGGUAUCCUUGUAACCAGUGUGAACAAAAGUUCAAAUCUGUGGCCUAUCUAUCCAUCCAUCAAAAGAUUCACUCAGAACUGAAACCGUUUCAGUGCUCGGAAUGUGGCAUCAGUUUUGUGCGGAAAGCAAACCUUAGAAGACAUCAAAAACUUCACAAUGGAGAAAGGCCUUUUCCUUGUAGCGAAUGUGGGAAACGUUUUAUCACUAACAGAGAUCUAAUAGCCCAUGUGAGGACACACACGGGUGAGAGACCCUACUCUUGUAAGGAAUGUGGUAAGGCUUUCAUCAGGAACUCACAUCUGGUAGUACACCUCAAAAUCCACACAGGGGAAAAGCCACAUUCUUGUACAGAAUGUGGCAAAUGUUUUAUCAGUAGCUCAGACCUAAUAAAACAUAACAGAACGCACACUGGAGAAAGGCCAUAUUUUUGCCCUGAAUGUGGGAAAUGUUUUAUAACAACUUGGGAACUUAAAAAACAUUUGAGGAUUCAUUCUGGGGAGAAACCAUAUUCCUGCAACCAGUGCGGUAAACGGUUUGCCUGCAAACCUUACCUCCAGCGACAUCAGAAAACUCAUGCCCACAGUAGGACGGAACUUAACCUUGUCACCCAAAGCCCCAGAUUCCACUUGGCUGACCAGGAUGAUUGUGGAGAAAAUGGUGUCUAUGAGGAAGUGCUGGGUAAUAACCUUAAAUGGGAGAAAAUAAUCGCUGAAUUCCUGAGAAUGGAGAAGACUUGCAUGACAGCGAGGAUAAUAAAUAUCACCCUGGAGAUCAUCUACCUGCUGGUCGGAGAGGAUUACACAGUAGUGAAGAAGACAUCUGGUGAGUGUGUGACCCCCAGCAGCCAUUACUCUAUGUCAGGAGGAUGGAACAAGCCCCAAAUCCCGAUCAUGGAGCCCCCACCUCAGUCACCGAUACCUGAGAGGAAGAAUAACCAGAAGAUCCUCAAGCUCACAAACAAGAUCAUUGAGCUUCUGACUGGAGAGGUUCCUAUAAGGUGUCAGGAUGUCACUGUCUAUUUCUCCAUGGAGGAGUGGGAGUACAUCGAAGGACAUGAGGACAUUUACAAGGACAUCAUUAUGGACAUCCACAGGCCUGUUAUUUCAGGGCCGCCUGAUAAAGAUUCCCCACCUGUCCCCGGUUGUCCCUCUAUUUGUAUUAAAGAAGAAUGGCUCCAUUUUAAUGAUGCAAGUAUCAAAAGCAGCGUGAGUGAACCUAUAGGUCCUAAGCAAGAAUAUCAGUGUUUUCAUAGUAAGGAGAAACAGGUCUCAAGUGAUGGAAGAAACCUUACAGACUCUGACAUGUAUACACUGACAGAUCAUACACAGCAAUAUCCAUCUCCUUAUAUUAAGGAGGAGGAAGUCAUAAGUGAUGGAAGAAACCUUACAGACUCUGACAUGUAUACACUGACAGAUCAUACACAACAAUAUCCAUCUCCUUAUAUUAAGGAGGAGGAAGUCAUAAGUGAUGGAGGGAACCUUACAGACUCUGACAUGUAUACACCCACAGAUCAUACACAACAAUAUCCAUCUCCUUACGUCAAGGAGGAACAAGUCUCAAGUAAUGGAGGAAACCUUACAGACUCUGACAUGUAUACACCCACAGAUCAUACACAACAAUAUCCAUCUCCUUAUAUUAAGGAGGAGGAAGUCAUAAGUGAUGGAGGGAACCUUACAGACUCUGACAUGUAUACACCCACAGAUCAUACACAACAAUAUCCAUCUCCUUAUAUUAAGGAGGAGGAAGUCAUAAGUGAUGGAAGAAAUCUUACAGAUCCUAACAUGUAUACACCCACAGAUCAUAGAGAACAAUACUUAUCUACUCAUAUUGAGGAGAAAUAUGUCUUAAAUGAUGGAGGAAACCUCACAGAGUCUGACUUUUUUGGACCAACAGCUCAUAAACAAUAUUCAAGUCUUCGUACUAAGGAAGAACAUUUCUCAAGUAAUGAAGGAAUUCUCACAGACUUCAACAAUUUCAUACCGACGGAUAAUACUCAGCAGAAUCCAUCUCUUUAUAUUAAGGAGGAACACAUCUCAAGUAAUGAAGACUUCAAUAUUUAUACACCAACAGAUCAUGCACAACAGUAUUCAUCUUCUUAUAUUAAGGAGGGACAAGUUUCACACAGUGGAGAAAGUCUCACCAUCACUUACACAUCGAUCGAUCAUACGAAUUCUAUUGAACGUCAAGAAGUUCUGUCACAAUUAUCUUCUGAUGGUUUAGUCCAUUCAAAUCCUCCCAAAACAAAGACAACUUUUCCCUGUUCAGAAUGUGACAAGGUUUAUAAAUUUAAAUCCGCUCUUGUUCAACACCAGAAGCAACAUGAGAGGCGGUAUCCUUGUAACCAGUGUGGAAAAUCAUUCAAAACCUUGGCGUAUGUAUCCAUCCAUCAGAAAAUUCACUCGGAUAGGAAAAAGUUUCAGUGUUCAGAAUGCGAGAGUUUCUUUGUGCGGAAAGCAAACCUUCGAAGACAUCAAAAACUGCACAUUGGAGAAAGGCCUUUUCCUUGUGGCGAAUGUGGGAAACGUUUUAUCACUAACAGAGAUCUAAUAGCUCAUAUGAGAGCGCACACGGGUGAGAGACCCUACUCGUGUACAGAAUGUGGUAAGGCUUUCUUCAGGAACUCACAUCUGUUAGUACACCUCAAAAUCCACACAGGGGAAAAGCCGUAUUCUUGUACAGAAUGUGGUAAACGUUUUAUCAGUAGUUCAGACUUAGUAAAGCAUAAUAGAACCCACACUGGAGAAAGGCCAUAUUUUUGUCCUGACUGCAGGAAAUGUUUUGUCACAACUUGGGAACUUAAAAAACAUCAGGAGACUCACUCAGGAGAGAAACCAUAUUCCUGCAACCGGUGCGGUAAACUGUUUGCCUGCAAAUCAUACCUCCAGCGACAUCAGAAAACUCACGAACGAAGCAAGCAGUAACAUAUCUUUCAACUUUAAAAUAGUUUGUUAUACUUGUGGAUCUCAUAGGAGAUAUGGACAUAACCAAAGCCUAAGAUUCUAGUUUACUGACAAUGUUAUAGUUUAUUGAGGUGCUGCCAGGGCCGAUGUCCUGCAGGGACGCAUGGGAACGGAGUUCGUGCACUUUUUCCACAUCAGGAACACUGUUCCUAUUAGCAGGAGUCCUGCAGGACCAGCACUUAAAGGGGUACUCCCGUGGAAAACUUUUUUUUU